AUGCGUGUGGCUGCCUUUGUUGUGCACUGCAGUCACUGCAGCCGUUUCCAGAGUCUUCUCCACGCAAUGGAGGAGCCCAUAGCCGAGCCCAAAGAGGCUCCGUGGAGCCGGGACAAUGCCAGCCUGGCCGACUUCGAUGGUUACGCGGGCAGGCUCUUCGCCCAAGCCCUGGACCUGGUCCAAGCUGCUGGGCGCAGCCGCCGCGCUGCAGAAAGCGGUUCCUCAACAGUUGCAAGACAGCGGGCGCAGCGAGCGCAGCACGAGCGAGAUGCAGUGCUACGUUGGGCAGAGGAAGCUACCACGCGGAUCAAUACACUGACAGAGCGUUUCCAGCGAGGUUGGGCUCAUAUGGAGAAGCAGCAAGUGGAGAAGAGGCAGCUGGAGGCGCGCUGUGAGCUGCUGUGCAGCAAGCUGAAAGCUGCAGAAAUGGAGGGUUUGGCCCUGCGCGCUGACGCAGAGGCUCAGCGACAUUCCAGAUCAGCGCCAGAGCCGAACGUGGCGUCUCCUCGCAGAGGUCCCGUGACCUGGGCCAAAGAGGUCGCCUGGGCGCGAGGCCUUGCAGAAGACUGCCGCACCGGUGCCUUCCAUCCACCGGAAGUUCGGCGGAAAAAGCGAUGCGGGAGGUGUGCUCGGCUUCAGCGCCGGCUCUGGACACUGCGGAGGAGCGUGCGGCACGCGCGCGACUUGACACAGCAGCGCCUGGCCGUCGUGCUAGCAGCCGCCAGGCAUGAUGGGGAGAAGCUGGAGUCGGCCGUGCGCGUGGCCCGCCGGCGCACACUGCAAGUGAUCGAGCUUCAGCUUGGCCAAGCUCUGCAUGCAGCCUUUGCUGCUUGGGCCUCCUCCCGAUGCCAUCUGGAGGCCACACAAACGGGUCUUUGUGCUCCGUUCGGAGCCCUUCGCACAGCAGCAUCGAUGUUGUCGCCCAGCAGCAGCGAGCCGCCAUUGAGCUUUCGCUCCUGCAUUUCGCCAGGCACCCUUCGCAGCCGCGGGAGAAGCCCUGAGCAGUCACCCAAAGGCUGCGAAGGUAGCUGUGCACACAGCGGAAGGGGAAUGACGGCUGCGAUUGGUGACUUGCACUGCAGCACGUGUGAGCCAAGUGCUUCGCCAGGAAGUCUAGCCCUUCGCGCUCGAUUCCGGCCACAAGGCGAGCAUGGAGAACAUGGCUCGAUCCGUGAGCUCUCGCGCAAUCGGCUCAUAGCCCUCAUCACGCUCUAUGCACAGGGCGCAGAUGUGGCAGCGAAACGCUCUGCGUUCCAGGACUGGUGUACAGCCACGCAGCAGCGCAGAAGAAGCACGGCAAGGCUGGUUGGGCACUACGAGCGGCUCAGCAAAGACCGAUCAAGAAGCACGGACCAAGCGCAACUGGGCUUUCCCUGGAAGGUGGUCGGUAUUCGAUUACAUGAGUUGGAUCUGUUUUUUCGGAUGCAUGUGCUUGUGGACCUGCUGGCUGAUGCACUCUUCAGAGUCUCCAAAGCAUGGGCGGCAAAGAAUGCAGAGUGUUUUGAAGAAAAGAUGCAGAACCGCUGGAACCGUUUGUUGCCAGCUCUCUCGGGCUCAAGCUUCGCCUUGAUCCCAUCCACAAGGAAGGUCCCGGGCACCCUGAGACCGCACCGGCCUCAGUUCGGCCUCAUCAUCGCAGAGGAGUCUCCCCAUUCAUACCUCUACGUUCUCCAGGCCGUUCGCGCCAUGCUCGCUACAGCAUCCCUCUCCAUGAUGGCCAAGAAGGUGAUGACGGCGUAUGGUGUCUUUCUGACGGCCGCGCUGGCAGUCUACCACUUCAUCGCGAACGGCGAGUUCUCGGCGAUCCUGACACUGGCAGUGAUCUUCCAGUGCCUGGGCUUCGCCUUGCUCUGCGUGCAGGUUCUACUCACCGGCACCUGCACUGGCAUCUCGGCCCGCGCUUUGGCGCUGGACGCUUGGGCUUUGUGCUUCCGCCUCUCAUCCACUUUGUGGCUGAAUGGCUACCUGCCGGUGGAUGCCUCUGGCGAUUGGGCCUACCAGGCGGUGGACAUUGUGUCCCUCGUCUUGGUGCUCUGGCUGCUGCACUCGCUGCUCUUUGAGAAGAAGCACACUUAUCAGGAAGAGCAGGACACGUUUCCUGCAACUCCUGUGGUAUUGGCUUGCCUUGCGCUGGCAAUCGCCUUUCAUGCCGACAUGAACUCGCGACCAAUCUUUGACACCCUAUGGAUGGCAGGUCUCUUCAUCAGUGCCGUUGCAGUCUUGCCCCAGCUGUGGCUCAUCUCCAAGACUGGCGGCAAAGUUGAGCCGUUGACCAGCCACUACAUUGCGGCCAUGGCCAUCAGCCGUGCUCUGAGCGGCGUCUUCAUGUGGCAUGCGCGCUUCGACAUCACUUGUGCCCCAUGGGUGGGCGGAUUCAACCAUGCCAUCUGGGUCAUCUUGGGAGCACAUGCUCUGCACAUGCUGCUUUUGGGAGAUUUUGGCUACUACUACAUCAAGACUGUCAUGAAGGGAGGCCUAACAGCACAGCUGGAUCUGAUCCAGGACAGCUAUGUGUAG